ACCACCCGCCCACCAGUCGCCAGGAUGGGCCCCCCAGGCGGGUGCCGGGCACUGGCGUGGGCCCUGCUGGCCCUGCUCCUGGUGCAGAAGGCAGAGACGCAGGACAGCCGGGAGCUGAGCUGGGCGGGCACAGAGGCUGCCAAGAACGCCCAGUCCCUGAUCUUCCUCCCGCCUGUCAACGUCGCCGGCUUCCCCACCAUAAGCCCCCUGGACCCGGCCCACAACGGGCGGGUCUGCAGCACCUGGGGCGACUUCCACUACAAGACCUUCGACGGCGACGUCUUCCGCUUCCCCGGCCGCUGCAACUACGUCUUCUCCGCGCACUGCGGGGCCGCCUACGAGGACUUCAACGUGCAGCUCCGCCGCCACGGCCCGGCCGGCUCCAGGCCCGCCAUCACCCACGUGGUCCUCAAGGCCCAGGGGCUGGUGCUGGAGUUCUCCAACGGCUCCAUCCUGGUCGACGGGCAGCGGGAAGAGCUGCCCUACAGCCGGGCCGGCCUCCUGGUGGAGCAGAGCAGCAGCUACGUCAAGGUCACCGUCAGGCUGGUGCUGACCUUCAUGUGGAAUGGAGAGGACAGCGCCCUGCUGGAGCUGGACUCCAAGUACGCCAACCAGACCUGUGGCCUCUGCGGGGACUUCAACGGGCUCCGCGCCGUCAGAGAGCUCUACAGCCACAACACCAGGCUCACCCCGCUUCAGUUCGGGAACCUGCAGAAGCUGGACGGGCCCACGGAGCAGUGUGAGGACCCCCAGCCGUCCCCCGCCAACAACUGCACCGUGGAGGACGACGUCUGCAGCCGCACCCUGCGGGGCCCGGGCUUUGCCGCCUGCAACCGGCUGGUGGACCCCGAGGCCUAUGCGGUGGCCUGCGCCCAGGACCUGUGCAGCUGCCCCGGCUGCCUGUGCGCCACCCUCACCGAGUACUCCCGCCAGUGCGCCCACGCCGGGGGCCGGCCGCAGAGCUGGAGGGGCCCCGACCUCUGCCCCCGGACGUGCCCCCUCAACAUGCAGCACCAGGAGUGCGGCUCACCCUGCGCCGACACCUGCUCCAACCCCCAGCGCUCCCAGCUGUGCGAGGACCACUGCAUGGACGGCUGCUUCUGCCCCCCAGGCACCGUGCUGGACGACGUCACGAACACCGGCUGCCUGCCGCUGCACAGCUGCCCCUGCACCCACGGCGGCCGCACCUACGCCCCGGGGGCCUCCUUCACCUCCAGCUGCAGCUCCUGCACCUGCUCCGGGGGGCUGUGGCAGUGCCAGGACCUGCCGUGCCCGGGCACCUGCUCCGUCACGGGCGGCUCCCACAUCUCCACCUACGACGAGAGGCUCUACGACAUGCAUGGGGACUGCGGCUACCUCCUGUCGAAGAAAUGUGCGGACAGCGGCUUCGUGGUGCUGGCCGAGCUGCGGAAGUGCGGCCUGACCGACAACGAGAACUGCCUCAAAACCGUGACGCUGAGCUUGAACGGCGGGGACACGACCAUCCGCAUCCAGGCCAGCGGCGGGGUCUUCAUGAACUCCAUCUACACCCAGCUGCCCCUGUCGGCAGGGAACCUCGUCAUCUUCAGGCCCUCGACCUUCUUCAUCCUGGUGCACACGGGCCUCGGGCUGCAGCUGGAGGUGCAGCUGGUGCCCCUCAUGCAGGUCUUCCUCAGGCUGGACCCUGCCUACCGAGGCCAGAUGUGCGGUCUCUGCGGGAACUUCAACCAGAACCAGGCCGACGACUUCCGGACCCUCAGCGGCGUGGUGGAGGGCACGGCCGCCGCCUUCGCCAACACCUGGAAGACGCAGGCCGCCUGCCCCAACGUCCGGAACAGCUUCGAGGACCCCUGCGCCCUCAGCGUGGAGAACGAGAAAUACGCCCAGCACUGGUGCUCCCUGCUGACCGACCCCGCCGGCCCCUUCUCGCCUUGCCACUCCGUCAUCAGCCCCGCGCCCUUCCACUCAAACUGCCUGUUCGACACCUGCAACUGCGAGAGGAGUGAGGACUGCCUGUGUGCCGCCCUGGCCUCCUACGUCCACGCCUGCGCCGCCCGGGGCCUGCUGCUCAGCGGCUGGAGGGCCGGCGUCUGCACCAAGUACAUGAACUCCUGCCCCAAGUCCCAGAGCUACGCCUACGUGGUGAGCGGCUGCCAGCCCACCUGCCGGGCCCUGAGCCAGACUGACGUCACCUGCGGGGUCAGCUUCGUGCCCGUGGACGGCUGCACCUGCCCCAACGGCACCUUCCUGGACGACAGGGGCAACUGCGUGUCCGCCGAGGCCUGUCCCUGCUACUUCCACGGCUCCGUGGUGGCCCCCGGGGAGGUGGUGCACGACCACGGUGUGGUGUGCUCGUGCACCAGCGGGAAGCUGAGCUGCCUGGGCGCCGCGGAGCAGACCAGGACGGGCUGCGUGGCGCCCAUGGUGUACCUGGACUGCAACAACGCCUCGGCCGGCACCCUCGGGUCCGAGUGCCUCCGCAGCUGCCACAUGCUGGACGUGGACUGCUUCAGCACGCACUGCGUGUCCGGCUGUGUCUGCCCCCCCGGGCUGCUGUCCAACGGCAGCGGGGGCUGCGUGGCCGAGAAGGACUGCCCCUGUCUGCACAACGAGGCCGCCUACCAGCCCGGGGACACCAUCCGGGUGGACUGCAACACCUGCACCUGCCGGAACCGCAGGUGGGACUGCACCCGCAGGCCCUGCCUGGGCACCUGCGUGGCCUAUGGGGACAGCCACUUCAUCACCUUCGACGGCGAGCGGUACAGCUUCCAGGGCAACUGCGAGUACACGCUGGCCCAGGACCACUGCGGCGGCAAUGGCAGCACCAAUGGCACCUUCCGCAUUGUCACCGAGAACGUCCCCUGCGGGACCACGGGUGUCACCUGCUCCAAGGCCAUCAAGAUCUUCCUGGAGAACUAUGAGGUCAUGCUCCACGAGGGCACCUACAAGGUGGUGCGGCGGGGGCCGGGCGGAGACCUGCCCUACAGGAUCCGGUACAUGGGCACCCACCUGGCCGUCGAGACCCGCAGCGGCCUGGUUGUAUCCUGGGACCGGAAGACCAGCGUGUUCAUCCGGCUGCGCCAGGAUUACAAGGGGAGGGUCUGCGGGCUGUGCGGGAACUUCGACGACAACGCCCUCAACGACUUCACCACGCGGAGCCAGUCCGUGGCGGGCGACACCCUGGAGUUCGGCAACAGCUGGAAGUUCUCCCCGUCCUGCCCGGACGCCCCGGCGCCCAGGGACCCCUGCACCGCCAACCCCUACCGCAAGUCCUGGGCGCAGAAGCAGUGCAGCAUUCUCAACGGCGCCGUCUUCCAGGCCUGCCGCUCUCAGGUCGACCCCACCAAGUACUACGAGGCCUGCGUGAGCGACGCGUGCGCCUGCGACUCGGGCGGCGACUGCGAGUGCUUCUGCACGGCCGUGGCCGCCUACGCCCAGGCCUGCCGCGAGGUGGGCGUGUGCGUGUCCUGGCGCACCCCGGACGUCUGCCCCCUGUUCUGCGACUACUACAACCCCCACGGGGAGUGCGAGUGGCACUACCAGCCCUGCGGAGUCCCCUGCCUGCGGACCUGCCGGAACCCCAGUGGACGCUGCCUGGUGGACCUGCCCGGCCAGGAAGGCUGCUACCCCAAGUGUCCGCCCAACAAGCCGUUCUUCAGUGAGGACCAGAUGAAGUGUGUGGCCCAGUGCGGCUGCUACGAUGACGACGGGAACUACCACGAAGUUGGCACCAGUGUCCCCGCGGCGGAGAACUGCCAGAGCUGUGACUGCGCCCCAGGCGGCAUCCGGUGCACACACAGCCUCGCGGCCUGUAAGUGCACCUACGAGGGUAAGACGUACAGCUACGGGGACGUCAUCUACAACACGACCGAUGGGCUGGGUGCCUGCUUGACCGCCGUCUGCGGAGACAACGGCACGAUCGCGCGGACGGUCACGGAAUGCCUGGGAACAGCCUCCACCACAGCCUUCAGCUUCACCUCCACCGCGGUUCCGCCCUCCGCCACAGGCCCAGCCCCCACCGUCUCCACCGUGUGCGUGCACCAGGAGUGCCGCUGGUCGGCCUGGUACGAUGGCAGCCACCCAGAGCCCGGCAUGGGCGGUGGGGACUUCGAGACGUUUGCCAGCCUGAGGCAGAGGGGCUACGACAUCUGCCCGGGCCCAAGCAGCAUCGAGUGCAGGGCCCAGCUGCUCCCCGACACGCCCCUGGAGCAGCUGGGCCAGAAGGUGGAGUGCGACCCCGUGCGGGGGCUCACCUGCCUCAACAGCGAGCAGAACCCCCCGCUCUGCCACAACUACGAGCUGCGGGUGCUCUGCUGCGACUACGUGCCCUGCGGCACCCCCCCGGGCCCGGCCCCCAGCCAGAGUCCGACCCCCAGGCCCUUGCCCACCUCCACCGUCCAGACGACGACGGCCUUCACCUCACCCUCCAAGGAGUCCGGGAGCCCCGAGGCUCCGAGCACCACCUGCCAGCGCCGGUGUCGGUGGACGACGUGGUUCGACGAGGAUUACCCCCAGCCCGAGGAGGCGGGGGGGGACAUCGAGUCCUUCGACAAGAUCAGGAGCUCGGGCGGAGAGGUGUGCGAGCGGCCCGUGGACAUAGAGUGCCGGGCCGAGGGCUUCCCCGACAGGCGCCCCGAGGAGCUGGGGCAGCGCGUGCACUGCGACCCCAGCUUCGGCCUGGUCUGCAGGAACGCCGAGCAGCCGGGCCUGUUCAAGAUGUGCUACAACUACAGAAUCCGCCUGCUGUGCUGCCGCUGUGAGGAGCCCGGCUCCACCACCGUGGCCACGACCGCUUCCAGGAGCCCCACGGCUCCCACAGCCUCCACACAGCCCACUGCCCUGCCGGGGACCUCGGGGGGCCCGUCACAGGGACCCACCCAGGGGCCGGAGACAACUCGGACGUCCAGAGCUCGGCCAAGCACGAAGACACCAGUGGGCACUUCCGGCGCGGUCUCCACCCGCCCGCCGUCUCCGCCGUUCCCUGGGACGAGCGCACCCACAGCAGGCACCCAGGUGCCCACAACCACCACGGAGGCCACCACCGGCCGUGGCACAACCGCCUGCGAACCCAAGUGUGAGUGGACAGAAUGGUUUGACGUGGACUUCCCCACCUCCGGGGUCGCCGGCGGAGACAUGGAGACCUACGAGAACAUCAGAGCCGCGGGCGGCAAGAUGUGCGCGGAGCCGCAGAAGAUCGAGUGCCGGGCCGAGAACUACCCGGAGGUGAGCCUCGACCAGAUCGGCCAGGUGGUCAGCUGCAGCCUGCAGACCGGGCUGGUGUGCAGGAACCGGGACCAGAAGGGACAGUUCAACAUGUGCUUCAACUACAACAUCCGACUGCUGUGCUGUGAGCAGGCCCCCCACUGCCCCACUGCCCGGACACCCACGACCCUGGGUCCGCCAGCCACCCAGACCACACCCACCCCCUCAAGGACACCCGCAUCCACCAGGUCGGCCCACACACCUGGCCGCGAAACAGCCCACGUGCGGACGGUCACCACGCAGACCACACGCAGGGUCCCAACCAGCAGUCCCACCUUUGGGACCACCCUGCUCUUCAGCACCACAACGACCAAACCCAUCCCAUCCACUCCGACCUCUGUGACGACAGGGGUCUGCAUGCCUCGCUGCACCUGGACAGACUGGCUGGACCAGAGCUACCCCAUGCCCGGGGCCUCGGGCGGCGACUUUGAGACCUUCGACAACCUCCGGGCGGCCGGCAGGGCCCUGUGCGCGCACCCCGUGGGCCUGGAGUGCCGGGCCGAGUCCCAGCCCGACGUGCCCCCUGGCCCAGCUGGGCCAGGUGGUGCUGUGCAGCCUGGGGAGGGCCUGGUGUGCCGCAACCGCGACCAGGCCGGCCCGUUCCAGAUGUGCCUCAACUACCAGGUCCGCGUGCUCUGCUGCGACUACAGCCACUGCCCCCCAACACCGGCCACCACCACGGCCCCUCCGCCCCUCUCAGUGGCCACCGGCACCCCAGGGCCGUCCUCCGCGACGGCCACCACCCUAACUGGAACCUCCAGGGCCACCAGCCGGGUCUCAGGGCCCAGCAGCCAGCCCGGGGGCUCCAGCACCACGGCCAGCACAACCCGGGCCACCUCCAGCUCGGGGGCCAGCACCGGGGGGUCCCCGCCGCCCCCCAUUGCUCAGACCACCAGCACCCUGCCCCCCACCACCCGACGCCCCUCAUCAGGCGUCCCCCACGCCCUCGGCGUCUUCGGGGACCACCCAGACCCCAGCCACGAUGCCCUCGACUGGCUGGACCAGAGCUACCCCAUGCCCGGGGCCUCGGGCGGCGACUUUGAGACCUUCGACAACCUCCGGGCGGCCGGCAGGGCCCUGUGCGCGCACCCCGUGGGCCUGGAGUGCCGGGCCGAGUCCCAGCCCGACGUGCCCCUGGCCCAGCUGGGCCAGGUGGUGCUGUGCAGCCUGGGGAGGGCCUGGUGUGCCGCAACCGCGACCAGGCCGGCCCCGUUCCAGAUGUGCCUCAACUACCAGGCGCCCCCCACGCCCUCGGCGUCUUCGGGGACCACCCAGACCCCAGCCACGAUGCCCUCGGUCUCGCCCACCACCGAGUGUGCGCCUCGCUGCACCUGGACAGACUGGCUGGACCAGAGCUACCCCAUGCCCGGGGCCUCGGGCGGCGACUUUGAGACCUUCGACAACCUCCGGGCGGCCGGCAGGGCCCUGUGCGCGCACCCCGUGGGCCUGGAGUGCCGGGCCGAGUCCCAGCCCGACGUGCCCCUGGCCCAGCUGGGCCAGGUGGUGCUGUGCAGCCUGGAGGGCCUGGUGUGCCGCAACCGCGACCAGGCCGGCCCGUUCCAGAUGUGCCUCAACUACCAGGUCCGCGUGCUCUGCUGCGACUACAGCCACUGCCCCCCAACACCGGCCACCACCACGGCCCCUCCGCCCCUCUCAGUGGCCACCGGCACCCCAGGGCCGUCCUCCACGACGGCCACCACCCUAACUGGAACCUCCAGGGCCACCAGCCGGGUCUCAGGGCCCAGCAGCCAGCCCGGGGCCUCCAGCACCACGGCCAGCACAACCCAGGCCACCUCCAGCUCCGGGGCCAGCACCGGGGGGUCCCCGCCGCCCCCCAUUGCUCAGACCACCAGCACCCUGCCCCCCACCACCCGACGCCCCUCAUCAGGCGCCCCCACGCCCUCGGCGUCUUCGGGGACCACCCAGACCCCAGCCACGAUGCCCUCGGUCUCGCCCACCACCGAGUGUGCGCCUCGCUGCACCUGGACAGACUGGCUGGACCAGAGCUACCCCAUGCCCGGGGCCUCGGGCGGCGACUUUGAGACCUUCGACAACCUCCGGGCGGCCGGCAGGGCCCUGUGCGCGCACCCCGUGGGCCUGGAGUGCCGGGCCGAGUCCCAGCCCGACGUGCCCCUGGCCCAGCUGGGCCAGGUGGUGCUGUGCACUGGGGAGGGCCUGGUGUGCCGCAACCGCGACCAGGCCGGCCCGUUCCAGAUGUGCCUCAACUACCAGGUCCGCGUGCUCUGCUGCGACUACAGCCACUGCCCCCCAACACCGGCCACCACCACGGCCCCUCCGCCCCUCUCAGUGGCCACCGGCACCCCAGGGCCGUCCUCCGCGACGGCCACCACCCUAACUGGAACCUCCAGGGCCACCAGCCGGGAUCUCAGGGCCCAGCAGCCAGCCCGGGGCCUCCAGCACCACGGCCAGCACAACCCAGGGCCACCUCCAGCUCGGGGGGCCAGCACCGGGGGGUCCCCGCCGCCCCCCAUUGCUCAGACCACCAGCACCCUGCCCCCCACCACCCGCCGCCCCUCAUCAGGCGUCCCCACGCCCUCGGCGUCUUCGGGGACCACCCAGACCCCAGCCACGAUGCCCUCGGUCUCGCCCACCACCGAGUGUGCGCCUCGCUGCACCUGGACAGACUGGCUGGACCAGAGCUACCCCAUGCCCGGGGCCUCGGGCGGCGACUUUGAGACCUUCGACAACCUCCGGGCGGCCGGCAGGGCCCUGUGCGCGCACCCCGUGGGCCUGGAGUGCCGGGCCGAGUCCCAGCCCGACGUGCCCCUGGCCCAGCUGGGCCAGGUGGUGCUGUGCAGCCUGGGGGAGGGCCUGGUGUGCCGCAACCGCGACCAGGCCGGCCCGUUCCAGAUGUGCCUCAACUACCAGGUCCGCGUGCUCUGCUGCGACUACAGCCACUGCCCCCCAACACCGGCCACCACCACGGCCCCUCCGCCCCUCUCAGUGGCCACCGGCACCCCAGGGCCGUCCUCCACGACGGCCACCACCCUAACUGGAACCUCCCGGGCCACCAGCCGGGUCUCAGGGCCCAGCAGCCAGCCCGGGGGCUCCAGCACCACGGCCAGCACAACCCAGGGCCACCUCCAGCUCGGGGGCCAGCACCGGGGGUCCCCGCCGCCCCCCAUUGCUCAGACCACCAGCACCCUGCCCCCCCCCCACCACCCGACGCCCCUCAUCAGGCGUCCCCCACGCCUCGGCGUCUUCGGGACCACCCAGACCCCAGCCACGAUGCCCUCGGUCUCGCCCACCACCGAGUGUGCGCCUCGCUGCACCUGGACAGACUGGCUGGACCAGAGCUACCCCAUGCCCGGGGCCUCGGGCGGCGACUUUGAGACCUUCGACAACCUCCGGGCGGCCGGCAGGGCCCUGUGCGCGCACCCCGUGGGCCUGGAGUGCCGGGCCGAGUCCCAGCCCGACGUGCCCCUGGCCCAGCUGGGCCAGGUGGUGCUGUGCAGCCUGGGGGAGGGCCUGGUGUGCCGCAACCGCGACCAGGCCGGCCCGUUCCAGAUGUGCCUCAACUACCAGGUCCGCGUGCUCUGCUGCGACUACAGCCACUGCCCCAGCUCCCCUGCCACGUCCAGGGCCCCUCCUUCCAGCCCGGGGACCAGCGGCCGCCCGUCACCCGCAGGGACCUCAGCAACGUUGUCUACAGCCACCGCCAGUCAGCCUCUGCCCUCGUCCCCCGGCAGCACUGCGGGCACCCCUGCUCCCCAGCCUCCCCACUCCCCUUUCAGCACCACCGGCCGCGUGCCUGCCCCCAGUUCCUCUGCCUUCCCGGGUACUCUCAGCACAGCCCCCCUGGUCACCUCCCCCAGACAGACCGCCUCCGGCGUCCCACCCACAAGUCCCACAUUGGCGACAGCCCUGCACACCACGCCCCCCUUCACCCUCAGCAGCCUCAGGCCCACGGCCUCCCCGGGCACCCCCGGCCCCACCACCGCCUGCCUGUGCCGGGCGUUUGGACAGCUUUUCAAACCAGGGGACAUCGUCUACAACAGGACCGACCAUGCCGGCUGCUCCUUCCACGCUGUCUGCAACCGGCACUGUGAGCUCGACCGCUUCCAGGAUACCUGCGCCACCACCAGGCCCCCGGAGCCCCAGACUGCCGUAACCCCGACCACCCCGGGGCCCCAGACUGUCGUAACCCCGACCACCCCGCCUGCUGGCUGCAACCUCACCGACCCUCCCCGGAAGGUGAAUGAGUCCUGGACGCUGGAGGACUGCACCGUGGCCCGCUGUGAGGGCGACAACCGCAUCACCCUGCUGAAGCCGAAGCCGGUGGAGAAGGUGGCCUGCGCGAACGGGCGCCCGCCGGUGAAAGUGCAGAGCCCGCUGGACCCCUGCCAGUACCACUACGAGUGCGAGUGCUCCUGCAGCAGCUGGGGGGGCUCCAACUACCUCACCUUCGACGGCACCUCCUACUCCUUCCGGGACGCCUGCACGCACGUCCUGGUGAAGGAGAUCCACCCCCGCCUCGGGAACCUCACCGUCCUGCUGGACAACCACUACUGCGGGGCGGCCGCGGCCCGGUGUCCCCGCGCCCUCAUCGUCCACUACGAGUCCAUGGAGGUCGACCUCACCACCACCGCCGCCGGCGCCAGCGGGCAGGAGGAGAGCCUGGUCCUCUUCAACCACGUCCGGGUGAGCCAUGGCUUCAGCAAGGACGGCGUGAAUGUGUCCAUGAUGGGAAGCACCGCGGUGCGUGUCGACAUUCCGGCCAUCGGUGUCAGCGUCACCUUAGACGGGCACAUCUUCCAGAUCCAGCUGUCCUACAGCCACUUCGCCAACAACACCGAGGGCCAGUGCGGCACUUGCACCAACGACAGGACGGACGACUGCCGCCGGCCGGACGGCACCGUGGCCCCCACCUGUCAGGACAUGGGCAAGGACUGGCUGGUCCCCGGGAGCUGCUGGGCACCCACAGGCCCCCCCACGACCGCCACCCGCUCCUCAUCCCCGGCGCCCACCGCUCCCUCUGCCUCCCCGUGCCCCACCGCGCACCUCUGUGAGCUGCUGCUGAGCCCCGUCUUCGCCGAGUGCCACCGCCUCAUCCCGCCCAGCCUGUUCUUCAGCGCCUGCGUCCUUGACGCCUGCCGCCCUGAGGCGCCCUGCCAGAGCCUGGAGGCCUACGCGGCGCUCUGCCGAGCGCGCGGCGCGUGCAGCGACUGGCGGAACGCCACCGGCGGGCUGUGCAACUUCACCUGCCCGCCCGAAAAGGUGUACAAGUCGUGUGGCCCUUCGCAGCCCAGGUCCUGUGAUUCCAGGACACAGAUCUCAGGGAACAGGGGGCUGGUGGAGGGCUGCUUCUGUCCCGACAGCCACAUCCUCUUCAACUCCUACACGGGCAUCUGUGUGCCGGAGUGCCCCUGCGUGGGACCAGACGGGCAUCCCAAAUACCCCGGAGAUAAGUGGGAAAGCAACUGCCAGAACUGCGUGUGUGACAAGAGCUCCGUGUCGGUGCGGUGUGUCCCGGUGCAGUGUGACGCCCAAGCCCAGCCCCCGGAGUGCGGCCGGCCUGGCUUCGUGCCUAUGAUCAGGUCCCAGGCUGGCAGCUCGUGCUGCAAGGAGAUGCUGUGUGUCUGCAACUCGAGCACCUGCCAGCAGAGGCCCCCGGAAUGUAGGCCCCAGGAGGAGCUGGUCCGCACCCAGAAGGAGGGCGACUGCUGCCCCACCUACUACUGCAUGCCCACGCUGUGCUCCUACAACGGCACCUCCUACGGGGUCGGGGCGACCUUCCCAGCAACCGUUCCCUGCCACACAUGCACCUGCCUGUCUGCGGACAGCAGAAUGCUGACUGUGCACUGUGCGGAGGACACCUGCAACACCACCUGUCCCCAGGGCUACCAGUACUCCGCGGUGGCCGGGCAGUGCUGCGGGGAGUGCACGCUGGCAGCCUGCCUCACGCCCGAUGGCCAGGUGCUCCAGCCCAACGAGACCUGGGUCAACAGCCUGGUGGACAACUGCACCCACUACCACUGCCAGGUCGAGAGAGGGGUCCACGUGCUGAUCCCCAGGCCCGAGGCCUGCCCAGACCUGUCCAGCUGCAGGGGCAUCCUCAGGAAAACCGGCUGCUGCUUCUCCUGCGAGGAAGAGGACUCCUGCCGGGUCCGCGUCAACAGGACGGUGCUGCGGCACCAGGGCUGCGAGGCCCCGGUCAACAUGACCUUCUGCGAGGGCCCCUGCCCGGGAGUGUCCGAGUACUCCCCCGAGGCCCGGGCCAUGCAGCGGCGGUGCACCUGCUGCCGGGAGACCAGGGCCCACGAGGCGGCGGUGGCCCUGCGGUGCCCCGACGGGACGGCCGUCCAGUACACCUACACCCACGUGGAGCAGUGCAGCUGCACCCCCGCCCCCGCCUGCGUGCCCGAGGCCCCCUCGGACCGCACCUACGCCCACAUGUCCUAGGGGCCGCCGCCGUCUGACGCCACCGUGCCCCGCCCACCUCCCACCUGCCCAGGGUGGAACCCACACCCCGGCGGCAGCGGGAAACAGACAGUGCGGUGGGGGUCCAGCUGAGGGGGCCACGAGGCAGGGGACCCCUCCGGCCCAUCCCGGUCGCCCGCCCUGCCCUCAGCGCCAGGCCUCCUCUGGAACAAGCACCCCUCCCACCAGACGCGCCCCUCGCCGGCAUCGGAGGGGCCGGGCUGUGCUGCCCCCACUGCAGGCCUGCAGGCCGUGGAGCGUGGCCCCUCCCGCAGCACUGACACCUGCCCGGGCGGGGCCUGCUGCCUCUGGGGGCGGUGCAGGCUGGGUGGCCGGCCGCCCGCUCACGUCUGGACCUGGGGCUGAGCGGCCGAGGGGCGGCCGGGGAGGGGUCAGUGCUGGAAGCACCGCCUCCGCUCCCCCAGCCCCAACCUCGCAAAUAAACGCUGAGCAUCGUGCACA